CUCUGUCCCGGAACUUUGGUUCCUGGUGCCGCGGGGCACCCGGGCCCGGGAGUGUGCUCGGCCGGAAGUGGCCGCUGAGGACCUGGGGCGGGUUUGGUGUGCGGGGCCUGCCACAGCAGGUAACAAGUCGUAGAGAAUCGGGAUGGAGGCCGUAGCGACAGCGACUGCGACUGCGACGGCGGCGACGGAACCCCGUGAAGGCUGCACGGAGCCCAGUCCUGGGCACUGGGGGGAGCUGAGCUGGACACCGGUCCCAUCCCAACCCCAGGACAAGGCAGAAGCAGCAGAGGGAGCACCAAAGGCCCUAGACACUGACCCCUCAGAGGUCGAGGACGCGGCGGUGAGUGCCAUGCUGCGCGCCGUGGCUGCCAGCCGCCUGCCCGUGUGCAGCCAGCAGCAGGGCGAGCCUGACCUGACGGAGCAGGAGAAGGUGGCCAUCCUGGGCCAGCUGUACCAUGAGAAGCCACUGGUGUUUCUGGAGCGCUUCCGCACAGGCCUCCGGGAGGAGCACCUGGCCUGCUUUGGCCACUUGCGCGGUGACCACCGUGCGGACUUCUACUGCGCCGAGGUGGCCCGGCAAGGCAGCACCCGACCCCGCACCCUGCGCACCCGCCUGCGUAACCGCCGCUACGCUGCCCUGCGUGAGCUCAUCCAAGGGGGCGAGUACUUCAGCGACGAGCAGAUGCGGUUUCGGGCCCCGCUGCUGUAUGAGCAGUACAUCGGGCAGUACCUGACCCUAGAGGAGCUCAGCGCCCGCACCCCGGCCCACUGGCCGCCCAAGCCUGGAUCCCCCGGCACUCCCACCUGCUCGCUCUCCGACCUGCUGCUCCAGUCCUACCAGGAGCGGGAGCUGCAGCAGCGGCUGCUCCAGCAGCAGGAGGAGGAGGAGGCCUGCUUGGAGGAGGAGGAGGAGGAGGAAGACAGCGGCGAGGAAGACCAGAGGCCUGGCAAAGACUUGGAGGCCUGGGUCCCCGACUCGGAAGAGAGGCUGAUCCUGCGGGAAGAGUUCACCAGCCGGAUGCACCAACACUUCCUGGACGGCAAGGAUGGGGACUUUGACUACAGCACCGUGGACGACAACCCCGACUUCGACAACCUGGACAUAGUGGCCCGGGAUGAAGAGGAGAGGUACUUCGAUGAGGAGGAGCCCGAGGACGCACCCAGCCCAGAGCUGGACGGGGACUGACGGCUGCGGCGCCCACCCCGUCCCCCGCCCCAACGAGGCCGCUGAUUACAGGCCAGGCCGGCUCAGUGACUUUCUCUAGGCGACAGCAGGGUGGCUGCCCUCUACCACCAAGCCUCGCUGGGUCUGGUCCCACCUCCGCGGCCCCCUCCCCCUUGCUCUCCAUUUCCUUCUCCCCCUGAACCCUGGUGCCUCUCUCCCUCCUCUCUCUCAGUCUUUUUCUCACCACCUUUCUGUCUCCUGCUUUCUGUGUCUCCCGCUCUUUCUCCACCUCCCUCUUUUUCCUUUCUGUCUUUCUCUUUCUCCCCCUCUUUCUGUGCCUCGGCCUCUGUCCCCACAACAGGGCCCAGGAUGAAUAUCCUCCCCUUGACCUAGGCCAGUGGGGCCCUUUGUCGCUGGAGCUGGCAGGUUGAACCCAGAGCGGCGCUCCGCCUCUCCCUCCCCAGCCCCGCCUCUCUCUCCUGCCCCUCUGUGCCUGAGGCUCAGGCUCACACUCGCACCUCCUUGCCUCUGUUACGUUCCAUCUCCUUCGGCCUCCCUCUCUGGGCCCAUGGCUCUUCCUGCCCACACACUUCCAUGUUUCACGGCCUCCGUGCUGGCUGUGUCCCUCUCUGUCUCUCAGCCUUUACCUCUGGGUUUCAGUACCCCCCCCCCCCCCCGCCAAGGCCCUGAGCAUCCCCCAUCCUGGCUGCUGUGGGCCACAGAGUCUGACUGCUGAGUAAUGGGGCCUUGCUGUGGGCAGUGGGGAGACCUUGCGGGUGGCCACCGGCUCUCACCUCUCCCUCAGGACCCAGGUUUGGGAGAGGUGAGCAGGGGCAGCGUGGGAUCGUGGGCCUGCCAGGUUGGUAUAGAGGGAGAGGAGGGACUUUCCCCUCCCAGCCCCACCAGCCUCCCUCUGCCCAGCUACAGUUUUCCCUUCCUUCACUUCCUCCACCUCCCUCUCCCUCUCCUGUUUACACUUCCCAAAUAUGCACAGGCUGUUAUCAUGGGUCCUGAGUCAUCCCCCCCACCCCACACACACACAGCCGGCCCCAGCAUCCCUGCCCCAAGCCGGCCCCACCGAGCCCCCUGCCGCCCUGGGCUAAUGGGAGCCAGAUGGCCGCCUGGUGACUCAGCCACUGGCCUGUGGGAACCCAGGCAUCCCGCCUUCCCAUGCCCCCAUACCCAGAUCACGCUCCCCCAGUAGACAUACGCAGAGAAGGGGCCAGCUGCUAGCGGGGGAGGACACAGGCCAUGUGUUGAGAGAGGUGGGGCCCGGGGACCCCUCACUCCUGUGAGCCAGGCCUGAAGGACCCUGAAAACUGCCUCCUCCAGCAUGGGGCCCAGAGUGCCGGGGAGACCCCACGGACUCCUGGGGCCACAGCUUUUGACCCCCAGGCCACGCCUCUGCCCUCUGGCUCAACUGGAAUUAGAGCCAGACACACAAAGUGAGAGCUAGACGGAGGCCGAGGGAUGUUCAGACUAUUAAAUGAGGAAACUUCCAGUUACUGAGCAGUUCUGUCCUGUGCCAGGCCCAGCAAGGUGCCUGAUGCUGCGCUGAAUCCUCCACACAGCCCCGCGAACGAGGGGCUCAGCUCCAUUCCGUAUGUGGGUCACAGGAGGCCCAGAAAGGAGACGUCACGUACUCAAGGCCACGUGGCCAUCAGAGAUGGAAACUCGGGCGUAGAAUCGUAAGUCCUGGAGACCACCUCCUGGCCUGCCUGUCCGCCCUUAGGGCCACACAGAGUAGACAGACGCACAGACUUCUUCAGGGCUAACGACUGAAGGAGAGUUAGCUGUUGAGGAUAACAGCAGCUAAAACCUUUGGGGCCCUCCUGGCGCGCUAGGCACUGUCCUUCCUAUGCACAGACGGACGGCGUCAUCUAGUGUUUAGUAUCUGUCACUGAACCAUCACAGACAUCCCAUGCAGUAUAAACUGUCAGUACUGGGCUUCCCUGGUGGCGCAGUGGUUGAGAGUCCGCCUCCUGAUGCAGGGGACACGGGUUCGUGCCCCGGUCCAGGAAGAUCCCACAUGCCGUGGAGCGGUUGGGCCCGUGAGCCAUGGCCGCUGAGCCUGCGCGUCCGGAGCCUGCGCGUCCGGAGCCUGUGCUCCGCAACUGGGAGAGGCCACAACAGUGAGAGGCCCGCAAAAUGUCAGUACUGAUAGGGUGUCUCCCAGAGGAGGCCCAAGGCGAUCCAGCCAACUAGACUCACAAUUGGGAGAGAUGUUUGUCUCUCAGGUACUUGUAUUGAUGCCCUCAAGUUGUGAGAGGUCUUUCAUAAUACAGGCAUCAGCCCUGGGUGAUGGGCACAUUUUUCACCAGUCUAUCAUUUGAUCAUUAAAUUUGUGAUACACUG